UUGUUACAGAAUUCGUUGCUAGAACGAGAUGAAGAGACUACAAAUACGGGCGUUUUUCCUGAUAGCCUGGCUCUCCCGUGGCGAUGGUUACAGCUGCCCCUACGGACAGAACUGCGCCAACUCCUUCGAGCCUGCUCCCCCUGGACGAGCGCCGCCAUGCGCGCAGCCGGGCCUCACCUACUGCGUACACCCAGACCCUUACCCUGAACAAAUAAUCCGCCGGCUAAUCGAAGCGGGACAGUACGAUAUAUCGACGCUGCUCUCAGACGAGACGCGGGACGACUUCAACUCGAACAAGAAGGUGGACCACGGGUACGGCUACGGCCCUAACUCGCUACUCAAUGUCGACCAAAUCUCCAUCGUAAAUGAGCCUAAAAACUACAACACGAAGUUCCAUUCCAGAUUCAAUCAUGAAAUAUUCUCCCAAAAGACUCCUCUCCAGCCACCAUCUCCCGUGGACCCUUCGCCCUACAACAUCAACGCCUUCCAAGCGUCAAACUUCUCCAAGUUUGGGUACCAGAACCCCAACUACUGGGCGCCCAGCUUCGACUACGAGAACAAAAUCAACCGGCCGAACGUAUACAAUCAGAACUUCUACAACACGCCGUUUAGUCAGUAUGAUACCGCGGAUUGGUUUAGACAAGCGGCGAGUGGAGUCACGCAGUAUAAUCCUAAUGAGUGGUGGAAGUACCCUUCCCGCUCUGAAGUCACCGUACAACGCUCCGUGACGUUCCCGACGCGCUCGACGAGGCACCGACGGCGGCGAAACGCGGAACUGGUGCGGGCGUCUGAGCAGAGGCAGCUCACGGGCGCCGAGGCAUUGAGGAUAGCUUUGGGGCUGGCCAGCGCAGAGACAUCCGCGGAGCGUCCUCGACGGCAGGCGCCCGGCACCGAGGAGCUGUGCCGCGUGCGCACCGACUUCAUCACGCCGCGCGCCGCGCUCAACAACAAGGGCAGCUGGCGCUACGUCGUCAACAUGCCCAACAACAUGACGCAGCUGGUGCGCGCUGAGAUAUGCACGUCAAGUCAAUGCAGCAACUUGUGUUCCGUACCCGUCGGUUACAGUUCCCGUUGCGAGCAGAAAUACAUACAAAAACGACUGGUGGCUCUGGAGUCCAGUGGUCAGAGCUUAUACACGGAUGUUUUUUGGAUACCUAGUUGUUGUCAGUGUACUAUAAUAGCCAACAACACUUAAAACCAAUUUAAUUCGGAUAGUUUAUUACAAUGUAAUCGUAAUUUUUUUGUCGCGACUACUCGACACUAGGUGGCGCGCAAAUCAAAGUUAAAAGCAUUUUGUUAACAUUCACUGCCAAGUAAGUUAAGUAUGAAUUUACACAAUUUUAAUGCGAAUUAAAUAAUUAUUAUUAUGACGAUUAAUAUAUCAAGUCAUGACAUUUCGUAAAACAUAGAUUUAAGUUAUGUUUUCAUUUGAAAGUUCUUCUUUAUAAGCUACUUUUUACAAGGUUUCUGCCUAGAUGGCGUUACUAUUCUACGAACCUUAC